CAUGCGUGGAGGGGCGAGUCUGCUGACAGAUUCUCGGAGGCAGCGGUGGCGGCGGCGGCCCUGGACUGCGGGGAAUGGGAGUCCUAGGGCCCUGACUGAGCACCGCCCCCGCCUCCCUGCCCCCGACAUGGCUCAGGAGAAGAUGGAGCUGGACCUGGAGCUGCCUCCGGGUACGGGCGGGAGCCCGGCGGAGGGCGGCGGCAGUGGCGGCGGCGGGGGCCUUAGGAGGUCUAACAGCGCCCCCCUGAUCCACGGCCUCAGUGACACUUCUCCGGUGUUCCAGGCCGAGGCGCCUAGCGCCAGGCGGAACAGCACAACGUUCCCGAGCCGCCACGGCCUGCUGCUGCCAGCCUCCCCCGUCCGCAUGCACAGCAGCCGCUUGCAUCAGAUCAAACAGGAGGAAGGCAUGGACUUGAUCAACCGAGAGACGGUCCACGAGCGCGAGGUGCAGACCGCAAUGCAGAUAAGCCACUCCUGGGAGGAAAGUUUCAGCUUGAGUGACAACGAUGUGGAGAAAUCCGCCUCCCCAAAGCGCAUCGAUUUCAUUCCGGUGUCACCAGCACCGUCACCCACUCGGGGAAUUGGAAAGCAGUGUUUUUCGCCAUCCUUGCAAAGUUUUGUGAGUAGCAAUGGAUUGCCUCCAAGCCCGAUUCCCAGCCCAACUACUCGAUUUACUACCCGGAGAAGUCAGAGUCCCAUCAACUGCAUUAGACCAAGUGUUCUUGGACCAUUGAAAAGAAAAUGUGAAAUGGAAACUGAGUAUCAGCCAAAGAGAUUUUUCCAGGGCAUCACCAACAUGCUUUCUUCUGACGUUGCACAGCUGUCAGAUCCUGGUGUGUGUGUAUCUUCGGAUACCCUUGAUGGAAACAGCAGCAGUGCGGGAUCUUCUUGUAACUCACCAGCGAAAGUCAGCACUACCACCGACUCUCCUGUGUCACCUGCCCAAGCGGCCUCUCCCUUUAUUCCAGUAGAUGAACUUUCAUCUAAGUGAUUCUCCCAUUCUGAAACUUACUUUCUUUUUUCUUUUUUUCAAUGGAGAGACAGAAAAAAUCAAGUUGGAGCAAGCACUGAACUUUGUUGAUUAAUCUGAGUCUAUUUCCUAUUUGACCCUUUCCCCUUUUUUUGGAAUUUCCUGAAAUGUUAUUCUAGAGAACUUCUAUGUCAGGUUCCUGCGGAUGCCCUUGAAUUCAGUGUAGUAAUAUUUUCAGACUUUUUCCCAAUAAGUGUGUUGAAGCAUACAUUUUACGCUGCUAAUAUGUCUAAAUACAUAUGUUAUCCCUUGAUUUUUUUAAAUAAUUGAGAGCUCUAUUUAUUUAUGGGAAUAUUAAGUUCUGAUGAAAAUAUAAAUGUUGAAUUAAUCAGUAUAGUAAACUGAUGUUUUAAAAUUCCAUACUUUAUGACCACACUAAUUUUUAAUGUCAUUUUUAAUGAUUGCUAAUUUCCAUUUGAUGAACAAUAACUAUUUACAGCUUUUUAAAAAUAUGUUAGUUAUAACAUAUCGAUCCAGUGGUUGUCUGUUUUACCCAGGAAUCCUUGGAUAUUUAAUUUUCUGGGUGCAGAAGUGGAUGGGAGGGGGAGAUGAUAAAGGAACAAAUUAUAAAAGUUUGCAACAAACCUUUUUAAAUUAAAUAUGUAAAAGUAACCAUAUUUAAGAAAAAUGUUUUCUAAUGAAAUUUUAUUAAUUCUAGUUAAUCAUACAAAUAUAACUACUAUACAGAAAGUGAACUUUUCAAAAAAAAAUUUUUUUAACCAGAAAGUGCUUUCUUUUGGGUAUAAUCCUAAAGUGCAAUGGGGCAGUGCCUUGCAGUCCUAGCUCACUGUAUAUAGGCUGAGGCAAGAUUCUUUGUGCCACUUCAAACUUUAAAGUUUUUCAAAUAUGUGGGAAGCCCUGUUAAACUUCAGCAGAGCCCCCCAGGGAGACAAUACUUCUCAAUCAUGGAUAAUACUUUAAAAUAUUCAAUUGUGCCUCAGUUCUGGAAACUCUUGCUAGUAGGGAACCAGAGCAAUUUUUGGCUGCUUUUCUUCACUGCCCAUCUGUCACCUUCCUGGUUCUCUCUUAUUCAGGAAGGAAGCAGCUGUUUCCUUGCCAACAGGUUCUUCCUUUCCACCUCCCACCUAACUAGGGCACUGUCAUUUAGACAAAGGUACAGUGUGACUCAGUUUCUAACAGUGAGCAACAAUAGGACUGAAUUGUUUAACCUCUGGUAAAGCUACAGCUGCAACUGGCUGCCUUGGGGAAAUUGGUUAAAUAAGUCUGGUCAUUUGCUAGAGAAAAAUCAGUGGAAUCACAUAGGUAAAUCAUUGUUUAACUUAGGUUUUGUUAAAGGUAGAAUUGUAGAAUUCUCUUUGUCUUUUACAGCUAAGAUAAAAUAGUAAGAAUAGCAAAUCGUUUUCAUAUUAUACUUCCUUAUGAUACCUCAUCCAUUUUCCUUAACUAGAUAGAUGAAAGGAUGGGUGGGUAGGAAAAAUGAAAGGCAGGCAGGCGGACAAAAAAGAAAGGAAGAGGUUAAAAAAAAAAAAUUAAAAUACUCCAAGAGACCAAGAAAAAAACCUUAACUUACUUGUUAAGGUUAGUACCUAUG